AAUUUGUGCCGAUCGUCUAGAUCCGACCGAGUGAUGAUCCGGUCAAACCGGGUUGGCUGUGUGGGUCCCUGUGGCAAAGUAUUUCUGGUACAGAGUAACUUUUACGGGCAUUGAUGCAUAGGAUUUAGUCGUCUUCCAUGUAGCGGAAUACCUUGUAGCAAUCCUCUGCUUUUGUCCUUGACAUGCGACGAAAUUGUUGAUGAAUGCAGUCCCCAAAUCCGUCGCUGUCUGUCACUUCAACCGCAAUCAAUGAAUUUAUCCACCAAAUGCCGAUUAGGAGGAUUUGUAUGCCAGCCAAAUGCAUGCACCACCACCUCUUCUUCGGCCUUUAUAAACCGCUUCCCCUGCUUCUUCUUCCAUUCACCGGAGCAGAGUAGCAGAGUUUUCCGGGGAACUCAUUGCUAUGGCUCCCAUUUCCACCCUUCCCCUCGCUACUACUCCUAAGCCUGCCUCCUCUUCUUGUUCUUCUUCUUCCUUGUCCGUCAAAGCGGUAGCUUCUUCGGCCGGAGGAAUUGAUGUCGUGUCGAAGUGGACGGUGUUGCCGGAGGGGGCUUCGGCGCUCGGCGAGCUACGGCUGUCGGUGUCCGACCUUCCCAUGCUGUCCUGCCAGUACAUCCAAAAAGGUCUCUUUUUUACGCCGCCGCCGAUGGCUACUCCAGCGCUCGUCUCCCUCCUUGUCUCCACCCUCGCCCGCGCGCUCGCCCUGUUCCCUGCGCUCGCCGGCCGCCUCGCCACGCUCGCCGAUGGAAGCGUCGUUAUCCUGUGCAACGACGCGGGCGUUGAGUUUUCCUAUGCGGUUGCUCCGUCGCUGUUGAUGCCUGGCGUGCUUCCGCCCAACGCUGACGUGCCUCCGGCUGUCAAGAGUUUUUUCCCCCUCGAUGGCGCCGUCAGCUUCCAAGGCCACUUCCGCCCGCUCGCCGCUUUUCAGCUUACGGAGCUCGGUGACGGAGCGGUUUUCCUCGGAGCCGCCGUCAACCAUGCCGUCGUCGAUGGGACCUCGUUCUGGAAUUUCUUUAAUGCUUGGGCGGAGCUAUGCCGCGGGGACCACCCCGUGUCGCCGGACUUCAGGCGGAACUACUUCGGCGAAUCGAAGGCGGUGCUGCGUUUCCCCGGCGGGCGUGGCCCCGAGGUGACGUUCCCGGUGGGAGCGCCGCUUCGGGAGCGCAUCUUCAGGUUUAGCCGCCACGCGAUUGUCGCGCUCAAAUCGAGGGCUAACGGUGGCGGAGGCGGCGGAGGCGAUUCGACGGCUGAGAUUUGCGGGAAGCAACUCCAUGACAAGAAGCCGGUGGCGGCGGAGGUAAAAAAGCAGGAGAUUUCGUCGUUCCAGUCGCCCUGCGCGCUGGUGUGGCGGUCGGUCACGCGGUCGCGGAAGCGGCUGCCGCCGGAGGCGACGACGACGUUCCGAAUGGCGGUCAACUGCCGGCGCCGUGUGGCGCCACCGGUGGCGCCGAACUACUUCGGGAACGCAAUACAAAGCAUCCCGACGCAGGCGACAGUAGGGGAGGUGUCCACGCGGGACCUCCGCUGGUCGGCGGCCCUGCUCCACCGCGGCGUGGCCGCGCACGGCGACGAGACGGUGCGUCGCGGGGUGUCGGACUGGGAGGCGGCACCUCGCUGCUUCCCGCUGGGCAACCCGGACGGCGCCGGGCUCACCAUGGGCAGCUCCAACCGCUUCCCGAUGUACGAGGGGAACGACUUCGGGUGGGGGCUGCCGGUGGCGGUGCGCAGCGGCCGGGCCAACAAGUUCGACGGAAAGAUGUCAGCUUUCCCGGGGCGGGCGGGAGGGGGAAGCGUGGAGCUCGAGGUGUGCCUUGCUCCGGACACCAUGGUGGCCCUGCUGCAAGACGAGGAAUUCAUGAGCUACGUGGAAGUGGAAUAGGAGUAACGUGCCUCGCCGACGGAGUUCGCUGCCCGCCGCCAUGAGUCGCCCCUGGACGUGGCAGUUCAGGAAUGGAAAAAGCUGCCAUCAACUGUCAGAAAGCGUUAGCACUCUUUUGCCAGCGGUAGAUUUUGUUGUCAUCUAAUCUAAUAAGAAUUAGACGAAGACUAAGUUGUGGGCUCCAACUUUGGUCGAUAUUUAUAGGUUUUUAAUUUGUAAAAAUCACUUUAAUAGAAUUAAAAUUACUAUAAAAUUUAAUA